CAUCAUCUUCUCACUUUGAUAUUUUUCGUUUCUUGAGAACGUUAGAGUGUCUUCGCGGUCAGGUUUCGCGUCCAAAACUAAACCGCAUAACUCAGACUGGGUGUCUUGAGAUUGAAAAAAUCCGAGCAACCGAGGGGCAACUUGCAAAGUAUUUUGGCGCAAUUCGAUAUCAGGAAAGAGUAGUGCAUUGAGCUAUUUGGAAGGAUCUUUCCCGAAGCAAAACACAUGGCAAAAGACAAGAAGAAGGCCGUGGGCAACAAGGCCGCCGUUAAAGCAGCCAAGGCCGCAAAGCAAGAGAAGAAAGCAGGCAAAAAGGACAAGAAAGUAGCAUCCAAGACCCAGGAUGUCGAUUCAGACACCGAAUCCGUCGACCUCGAUGCCGUAUUGGCACAGUACGCAAAAGAGCAAGAGCAAUUCCUAGCCAUAACAGAAGUACCGAGCGAACCCCCAUCAGCCAGAGCCUCAGGAACCAUCAUCGCGAACCCAGCAAGCGAGAACGAAUUGUUUCUCUUCGGGGGGGAGUACUUCAACGGCGCUACUGCCAAGUUCUUCAACGAUCUGCACGUCUACAAUGUCAAGCAGGAGUCGUGGAAGAAGGUCACGAGUCCUAACUCGCCGCUGCCGCGGUCGGGCCAUGCUUGGUGCAGGGCGGCGAAUACGAAGGAUAUCUACCUGUUUGGGGGGGAGUUCAGCUCUCCGAAGCAGGGCACGUUUUACCACUACAAUGACUUUUGGCGUCUGGAUCCGACGAAUAGGGAGUGGACGCGCGUGGAAGGGAAGAGCAAGGCACCUGGUCCUCCGGCGCGCAGUGGACAUCGCAUGGUGGGAUUUAAGCAGUACAUCAUCCUGUUCGGAGGGUUCCAGGAUACAUCCGUGACGACAAAGUACCUCAACGACAUCUGGAUAUACGACUGUGUCAACUUUGCAUGGCACACGCCGAAACUGCAGGCCGCACGAGCCGUCCCAGACCCGCGGUCGAGCUUCACGCUUCUACCCCAUGAGCAAGGCGCUGUUAUCUUCGGCGGGUACUCUCGCAUCAAGGCCGUGGUUGGAGGUAAACAGCAACAGCAGCAACAAGGCAAGGGCAAGAAGGGCGGAGGUGGCGGCCCAGCUUCCCGCAUGGUCCUCAAGCCAAAAGUCCACGACGAUACGUGGUUUUUGCGCCUCACACCCCCUCCUUCGGAUCAGCCUUCUACAACACUCCCAAUCGUGUCGUGGGAGAAGCGCAAGAAACCCGCCAACGCACCGAAUCCACCACGCGCCGGCGCCACAAUGGCGUACCACAAGGGCCGCGGCGUACUAUUCGGCGGCGUGCACGACGUCGAAGAAAGCGAGGAAGGUAUUGACUCUGAAUUCUUCAACCAGAUGUUCGUGUGGAACGUAGAGCGAAACAGAUACAUGCCACUUAUCCUGCGCCGGCCAAAGACCAACGCAAACAAGAAAGCCGCACAGCAAGCUAACAUCAACCGCCGCGACCGCGGGAAAGCAGCAGAGGAAGAGCUGCUGGCCAACCUGAAAGCGCUGGAGAUGAAGGCCGGCGUCGCCGACUCGGACGAUGAGGAGGACGCGAAGAAGGAAGACGAGGAGGAGGAAAUCGAACGUCCGGAGAAGCCUCGCGUCUACGAGUUUCCCCACCCGCGCUUCAAUGCCGCGCUUACGGUGCAGGGCGACACGCUGUACAUCUACGGCGGCACGUUUGAAAAGGGCGAUCGCGAAUUCACUUUCGACGAGCUGUGGUCCGUAAACCUCAACCACCUCGACGGCGUGACGGAGAUCUUCCGCCGCGAGCUAGACGACUGGCAGGGCAGCGACGACGAAGCAGAUUCAGACGACGAGGAGUACUCGGACUCAGACGACGACGACGGCGUCGAAGAAGAAGACGACACCAGCAUCUCCACAGCGCCCACCAGCGCCACCGACUCGCCCCUCGUGCACGCCGCAAAAGACGAGGACCUGGGCACCACGGAGGAAAUUUCCGCCCUCACAGAUACCCUGCCGCACCCGCGCCCGUUCGAAACGCUGCGCGACUUUUACGCGCGCACGUCGGAGCAGUGGCAGAACCUCACGAUCGAGGAGCUGGGCAGGAGCGGUAGGGGCGCGGACAGGUCGCCCAAGGAGAUCAAGAAACUGGCGUUUGGACAGGCGGAGGACAAGUGGUGGGAUUGCAGGGAGGAGAUUCGCGCGUUGGAGGAUGAGCAGGAGGCGGCGGGGAUUGGGGAGGUGGUUAGUUUGGCGGAUAAGGAGGGUGGGAGUGGGACGGGGGUGGGGAGGAGGAGGUAA